UCCAACGACGUCCGGGACAAAAUCUCAAAUUAUGAUGCGUCUUGAGAAAAUGGUGAAUGAGUCCGAUAUUAUGCAAGGGGCCAUUCGUACUAUAGAUUUUGAUGAAGGUGUUUUCGGAGCUGCUCAUUUCGAAAUAAUUGCAAAGGAGGACAUGCAACAACUUUUUGAACACGACGAAUUGGGCAUCGCUGUCAUUCAUACAUACAUAUGGUAUAUGUAUGUAACAUUGCUGCGGGGAACUGAAUUGUGUAACCGUUUCAAUUUUAUUGCUGCUUCCCGUAUCAACGCAACGUUAAUAACGAAAAAUCCAACAUCCGUAAAGAAUGAUCUAGUCGAUAGAUUCAUGGCGGCCGGCGAUAAGACUACACCCAAUUUGUAUUUUUUACCGUUUAAUUCUGGCAACGGGUUAGAUUUUCUUUCUAAUAAUUUCAUUCUAAUCUAUGUAUAUCUUUUACGUAGAAAAUUUUCAUUCAUCUAAAUUUUUGUUUUAUUUUACAGUGGUCA